UAAAAGGAUUUUUGGCGACUAGCAAUAUUUAUUGAGAAAUUGAAUUUUUAAGUUGCUAUUUUAGCCCGAGCGAGUAUAUCUAUAUCAUUUAUCUCGCUCGGCCGGUAUCCUCACUUGGAUGGCAAACGUUGCGCUCCUUGGCUGGGCUACUCCGGGGAUUUUUUCCUUAAAAUUCCGUCUCCCCGGCGCUUCGCGGGGAGCAAAAUUUCAGCUCAAAAUUCGGUUUCCCCUUUUCGGAAGUACAGUCUAUCGAGCUAUGGAGAUCAUAAAAUAGUACAUUGUGUAACAAGGAGGCAAAGUGGAUCUUUAACUCCGAGGAUUUAAAAGUGGUGUUUUACGUACUCCUCACCACUGAUAUACUGCAAUUCAUAUAAUGGGACAUGACGUGAUUUAGUCAAAGAAUCGAUAAUUUUUUAUGUAGAAAUUAAUUUCACUGCAAGUGUUUGAAGGUAUUCGCUGUAGCAUAUAAUAACGACCGAAGUGGUGGGGUGAUGGCGACGACAAUUUGAAAAAGCAAGGCUCUGAUUGGGUAAUGAUUCGGGCUUAUGUAACAUCCCGAAUCCCGCUCUUUGGUCAGCACCCGUGGUCAGCACAGGGCUCGUGCGGCGUGCACAGCUGUGCCGAGGUUCGCGUGCGGGUUAUAGGUUAUGAUAUGAAAAACAAACUGUAACAAAAUUACUUAGUGGGUUGAGUUUGCGGAUUUUUGAAAAACGCUAAACCGGUCUUUGAAUACGUAACACGUUCAACAUGCUUUCGGCAGAGGAAAACACGAAACGGAUUAAGACACUGGACAAUGAUAUGAACAACAUGAUCGGAGAAGUUUAUCAAUCUCAUUUGAGGAAAAUGCUGGGUGACAUGGACAGGUGUUCUGCACGAUGUUCCGAUAAUGAAUCCUACACCAUGAAUGAAAAUGAAAACUGCAGAGCAAAUUGCACCGUUGCAACGCAGAAUGCUCAGCAGUUUGUGCAAUCUGAAUUUGCUCAACUACAGAACAGUUGGCAGCGUUGCAUUUAUGGAUGUGAAGAUAAAGCAAAAAGUUCCGGCGCAACCCCGCAAUCAUCGCCGGACCAAGUCUUUCAAACAUGUAUUUCCACAUGCUUCGAUACCCAAUACAAUUUAAUGAAAGUUGCUCGUAGUAAUAUCAAUAAGGAAUUGUCUAGUGGGAGAUACAAUGUAAAAAUGUAAUGAUUUCUUUGAAAACAUUUGGUAAAACAGUUCGAUGGUACA